CCAACACUCCCAUUCCCACUCUUCACACAUCACACAUCACAAUGUCUUCCUCUCUCGAGCAAUUGAAGGCCACUGGCACCACCGUUGUCUGCGACUCCGGUGACUUCGCCACCAUCGACAAGUACAAGCCCCAGGAUGCCACCACCAACCCCUCCCUCAUCCUCGCCGCUUCCAAGAAGCCCGAGUACGCCAAGUUGAUCGAUGCCGCUGUCGAGUACGGCAAGAAGCACGGCGGAAGCAGCAUUGAGGACCAGGUCGAUGCCACCCUCGACAACCUUCUCGUCCAGUUCGGAAAGGAGAUCCUCAACAUCGUCCCCGGAAAGGUCUCCACCGAGGUGGACGCCCGUUUCUCCUUCGAUACCGAGGCUUCCGUCAAGAAGGCCCUCCGCAUCAUCGACCUCUACAAGGAGAUCGGUAUCCCCAAGGAGCGCGUCCUCAUCAAGAUCGCCUCCACCUGGGAGGGUAUCAAGGCUGCCGAGAUCCUCCAGUCCAAGUAUGGAAUCAACACCAACUUGACCCUCAUGUUCUCUCUCGUCCAGGCCAUCGCCGCCGCUGAGGCCGGUGCUUUCCUCAUCUCUCCCUUCGUCGGCCGCAUCCUUGACUGGUACAAGGCUGCCACCAAGAAGGAGUACUCCGCCCAGGAGGACCCCGGUGUCCAGUCCGUCGGUGCCAUCUUCAACUACUACAAGAAGUUCGGCUACAACACCAUUGUCAUGGGUGCCUCCUUCAGGAGCAUCGGUGAGGUCACCGAGCUCGCUGGAUGCGACUACCUUACCAUUGCUCCCAACCUCCUCGAGCAGCUCUACAACUCCACCGACUCCGUCCCUAAGAAGCUCGAUGCCUCCAACGCCUCCUCCCUCAACCUCGAGAAGAAGACCUACAUCAACAGCGAGGCCGACUUCCGAUUCGACUUCAACGAGGAGCAAAUGGCCGUCGAGAAGCUCCGCGAGGGUAUCUCCAAGUUCGCCGCCGAUGCCAACACCCUCAAGGACAUCCUCCGCCAGAAGAUCCAGGCAUAAAAAGUUCAAGCUCCGAUAUCGGUCGCUUUAUGAGUAAUAUGAAUAUCACUGUGCUACCCCUUAUUAUUUCUCUAUGAGAUUGGACAUUGAGAAAGGUUAUUCCUUUUAAAUCCAAUAUGGAAUCUUGCUCUGGUAGUAUCUAGUAUGAUGAUGAAGAUAUCAAAAACAAAAAUAGAAUGUAAUACCCCUCCAAAAUUAUAUGGAACUUCCCGU